UCUGUGCCCUUCUGCAGGUAGGCCGUGUGGCGCAAGCAGUGUCUCACCGGCAUACAAUACGAUCUCUAUCCUGAACAAUCUCGAGUUAGGAAGGAAUUAUCACAGACCUGGUGCACCUCAAGACAUACCUGAAGAAGACCGCUGAGAGGUCCCCAAUACCCUCUGGUUGCGCCCCCUCACACACACACACACCAAGGGACCUCCCCCCCCACCCCCCAUGUAAACAUGGACUCCAGUCAGUCAGGGAGUGUCGAUUCACAGUUUCAAGAUGACCUCUGGACGCAGCAAGACUCGAUGUAUCCUUCGAGGGCGGCGGUGCUGAUAAAGUGGACGGUGCAGGUGGUGGUGGUGGUGCUGGUGGUGACGCUGGUGGUGGUGCCCGUGGUCGUACUUACCAGGAUAUACAGUGCCAGGGUGCACACGCCUGCAGAUCGCGUCAGGUGUCUUGAUGGUGAGUGUAUUAAUGUGCAGGUGGACAGGGAAGAGUGUGAGGGCGUAGGAUGUGUGUGGGAUCCUCAAGGAGAUGCCCCGAACUGUUUCUUCCCCCCGGCCUCCUCCCACGGCUACGAGGUCACGACGCCCGAGGAGACUACCUCUGCAGGAGUGAAGAGCCUUAGGUUGACCCUAAAGAACACCUCCGCCCCUGUGGUGAAGGAUAUGAAGGAGGAAUUACUGGUGGAGAUGAUGGAGUAUGGUCAGGAUAUGUUCAGGAUCAAAGUAACAGUGCCAGGUGAGGAGCGCUACGAGGUGCCAGUUUCCCUUGAUCUGCCUCCCGUAACCAGCUCUAACACCCCCAAGUAUAACGUAACCUUCAGUGACUCCGGCAGUAGCGACUUUACCAUCGUCGUGACCAGGACCGACACUCGUACUGUCAUCUUCGACACCAGCAUCGGGGGGUUGACGUACGCUAAUCAGUUCCUACAGGUGUCGACCCAUUUGGCCUCCUCCUAUCUGUAUGGCUUGGGGGAGGGCGUUCAUACUACCCUCAAACACGACCUACGUUACGUUACUUGGCCAAUGUUCGCCAGGGACCAAUCACCACUAGGGCCUGGAGAGAACCUGUACGGCUCCCACCCCAUGUACCUGGUGGUGGAGGAUGACGGUAACGCCCAUGCUGUCCUCUGGCUCAACAGCAACGCUAUGGAGGCAGAGACGAUGCCCUUACCUGGCCUGACGCUGAGGUCCAUCGGGGGUGUGAUAGACCUGUACUUCUUCAUGGGUUCCAGUCCGACGGAGGCGCUGCAGCAGUACACACAGGUGGUGGGGCGACCCGUCCUCCCUCCCUACUGGGCUCUCGGCUUCCAUCUCUGCAGGUAUGGUUACGGUUCCCUUGAUAACCUGAAGGCUGCCGUCUCCCGCACCCGACGACAAGGCAUUCCUCAGGACGUGCAAUAUGCUGAUAUCGACUACAUGGAUCGCAGGAUGGACUUCACCUACGAUAAUGUGAGCUAUGCCGGCCUACCAGAGUACAUCAGGGAGGUCAAGGAUAAAGGUCUUCGCUUUAUCAUCAACCUCGACCCCGCCAUCAACGCUGAGAUGAGUGAGGAGGAGUACCCAGUUCACCAUCGGGCUCUGCAGAAGGACGUGUACAUCAAGUGGCCUCAGGAGCUUGUGCCUGAAGAGAACCACGGCGGGGGGGACAUCAUGCUGGGAUAUGUGUGGCCAGACAACCGUACAGCUUUUCCAGAUUUCUUGAGGUCCUCUACGAAGGAGUGGUGGAAGGAGGAGAUUAUACGGCUCUAUGACACGCUGGAGUUUGAUGGACUGUGGCUUGACAUGAACGAGCCGGCCAACUUCGGCACCAACGAGAACAAACCUUGGAACUGGCCACAUGACCGUCCACACUGGAGCCUCACCUGUCCUACCUCUACCUGGGACGACCCACCUUACCCGGUCGCUGCCAUCACCGCUUGGGGCCAGGGCAAGAGGUUGUCGGAGAGGACGCUGUGUAUGGUGGGACUACAGGGCGAGGAGAGACAACUACGACACUACGAUGUCCACAACCUGUAUGGAUGGUCCCAGACCCUACCCACACUGGAGGCCCUGCAGGAGGUGACGGGGAAGAGAGGCAUCGUGGUGAGCCGGUCAACCUUCCCCAGCAGUGGCAGGUGGGCUGGACACUGGCUGGGGGAUAACCUGGCUCGCUGGCCUGACCUCCACACUUCCAUUAUAGGUAUGAUCGAGUUCAACAUGUUUGGGAUCCCUUACGUGGGUGCGGAUAUCUGUGGGUUCUUUGCGGACACGACGGAGGAGCUGUGUCAGCGGUGGAUGCAGUUGGGUGCCUUCUACCCCUACAGCCGCAACCACAACACCGAGGGGACCAAUGAACACGACCCUGGACUGUGGCCGAGUGUGGCAUCGUCAAGCCGAGCAGCCCUUCAGGUCCGCUACACUCUUCUGCCCUACCUCUACACCCUACACUACCUCGCCCACACCCAGGGCCUCACCGUCGUCAGGGCCCUCUUCUUCGAAUUUCCUGAUGACAAAGCGACCUUGGAUGUAGACGAUCAGUUCCUGUGGGGGUCCUGGCUCAUGAUAGCUCCCGUUCUAAAGGCAAGAGAGAUCAACAGAGGCGUGUACUUCCCCGCUGGUGCCUGGUACGACUACUACACUGGGGAGGCGGUCAACCAGCUGGUGGAUGAGGGUGUGACGCUGGUGGUGGAGGCGCCUCGAACCCACGUCCCUGUGUAUGUGAGAGGCGGCGGUGUGCUCCUUACCCAACGACCCCGCUCCAACACCAAGCUGGCCAGGAGUGAACCCCUAGGACUGGUGGUGGCCCCAGACCGGGAGGGGAAUGCUACCGGGACGUUGUACUGGGACGACGGCGAGGAGCUGAAUCCUAUAGGUAGCGGCAGGUACUUCACAGCUGAUGUAACUUAUUCCAAUGAGAUCAUCACGUGGCAGGUGACUCGUGGUAGUGAGGUAGCGGAGGGUCUGCUGUUGUCGGAGGUGAGGGUGUUCAGGGUGGAGGGACGACCUACUCAACUCCUGGUGGACGGUCAGCGAUGGACGACAGGUGACUGGCACUAUCACCGCGACACACAGGUGUUACAGAUGUUUGACUUGGCUCUCCCCGCUACCCACAACUUCACCCUCACCUGGACCGAACAGAUGGACUUUAAGAUCCCUUGUCCUAUCUCUUAUAAAGACUGGAGCGAGGACGAGCCAGUCACUGAGGUUAUGUGUAAGGAAAGGAACUGUGUAUGGGAACAGUCAAAUAAGAUACAGUGUUCGAUUCCUCCACUGGUUGACUACGGCUUCGAGUUCGUGGACGGAAAAGUGGAGGAGACGCAGAAGGGGUUUAAGACUCUCCUGAGGAAGGCAGGGUCCUCAUUCUACGGCGGAGAACUGGAGAGACUUACCUUCGAAGUGUUUCUUUACAGCGAUGACACACUCAGGGUCAAGUUCUACCAGGAGGGAGCCGCCCGUCACGAGGUCCCCGUGGAACUUAAUCUGCCUACCACUGGGGCCAAGAACCCCCUGUACGAGGUGGUGCUGCCCCAUAACCCCAAGGCUGGAGACCCCUUCUUCUUCUACGUCGUCAGGAAGGGCACGGGCACCAUCUUGUUCAACACCAAGAUCGGCGGGCUGACGUUCUCAAAUCAGUUUCUCAGCAUCACGAGCCUUCUGCCCAGUAAGAACGUGUAUGGCCUGGGGGAGAACGCCCACGACAACUUCAGACACGACCUCAGCACUGGCAGGCUAUGGCCCAUCUUCUCCAGGGAUGAGGGACCUGCGCCUGGGGAGGGCGAGGAGAUGAACCUGUACGGUGCCCAUCCUUACUACCAGUGUGUGGAGAAUGAUGGUCUGGCCCACGGUGUGCUGCUCCUCAACAGUAAUGCCAUGGACUACCAACUCCUGGACUAUCCUUCCAUCACCUUCCGGACUCUCGGCGGGGUGCUGGACCUGUACCUGAUGCUGGGACCUGGCCCUGAGGCGGUGGUCAGUCAGUAUACAGCUCUGAUACACCGUCCUAUUAUGCCGCCAUACUGGGCCCUGGGCUUCCAGCUGUGUAGGUACGGCUAUGCGUCCCUUCAGGAGCUGCAGGGGGCGGUGAACAGGACGAGAGACGCCGGGAUCCCUCAGGAUGUACAGUACGGGGACGUUGAUUACAUGGACCGCAGGAUGGACUUCACCAUCGACCAGGACAACUACCAGGGCUUCCCAGAGUACGUCGAGCAGAUGAAGGAAGACGGACUCAGGUUCAUAGUCAUACUCGACCCUACUAUCAAUGCUGAGUUACCGAAGGAGGAGUACCCGACACACCACCGAGCCCUGGAGGCGGACGUGUACAUCAAGUGGGCAGCUGCUACUGACAGAAGCGUAGUGCAGGAAAAUAACGGAGGUGAUCUGGGCAACGUUAUGCUCGGCUACGUGUGGCCGGACAACAAGACAGCCUUCCCCAACUUCUUCAAGGAGUCGACUAAGGAUUGGUGGGUCCAAGAGAUUACCUUCUUCUACAACACACUCAAGUUUGAUGGACUCUGGAUUGACAUGAACGAACCGGCCAACUUCGGCACCAACGAGAACAAGCCUUGGAACUGGCCACAUGACCGCCCACACUGGAGCCUCACCUGCCCUACCUCUACCUGGGACGACCCACCUUACCUGCCCAAGGCAGGCUCCCACGGACCCAGUAGAAGGCUCUCUGACAAGACUCUGUGUCUGGCGGCCUGGGAGGAGCCUUACCUCCACUAUGAUGUUCAUAACCUCUAUGGAUGGGCGCAGACAGAGGCAACCCUCAGGGCAGCACAGCGUCUGACAGGGAAGCGCAGUCUGGUGGUGACCCGGUCCACCUACCCCGGCAGCGGUCAGUGGGCAGGUCACUGGCUGGGCGACAACAGGUCACAGUGGCCCGAUAUGGCUCACUCUAUUAUAGGUAUGCUGGAGUUUAAUCUGUUCGGGAUACCAUACGUGGGUGCUGAUAUCUGUGGGUUCUUCCUCAACACCACCGAGGAGCUGUGUCAACGGUGGAUGGAACUGGGCGCCUUCUACCCCUACAGCCGCAAUCAUAACCAGAAGGACGCUGUUGACCAGGAUCCAGGUUUAUGGCCCAACACGGUAGCCAAGUCAUCCAAGAAGGCCCUAGAGAUUCGCUACCGUCUCCUGCCUUACCUCUACACCCUGUUCUACUACGCCUACACCCAAGGUCACACUGUAGUCAGGCCCCUCCUACACGAGUUCUCAGGCGACCGUCGGACCCUGGGUAUUGAUGACCAGUUCCUAUGGGGUCCAGCCUUCAUGGUGUCGCCUGUGUUGACUGAAGGAGCUAUCGAGAGGGACGUGUACUUCCCUAAUGAUGCCUGGUACGACUACUACACGGGACAGCCGGUGGAAUGGCCGGGGGAGUAUGUCAAAGUGUCAGCUCCUCGUGACCAGAUCCCUCUACACGUGCGAGGUGGCCACAUCCUACCCACACAGAGACCGGCCCUCAACACCCAGCUGGCCAGACAGGAACCUAUGGGACUCCUGGUGGCCAUAGGGCUGGACAGAAGGGCGUCUGGCCACCUCUUCUGGGACGACGGAGAGGCCAUCAAUACUGUUACUAACAAGAAGUACAGCUUCGUGGAGUUUACCUUCGUCCAGGAUAUACUGAAGGUGACGGUACUGAAGAACUUGAACGAAGACCUCGGUGAGCUGAAGAUGGUGGAUCUGGAGUUCCUUGGGGUGGAGAAGGAGCCCUCACAGAUCCUCCUGAACCAGCAGGAUCUUUUCUCGGGCAACUAUAGCUAUGAGAAGGACUCCCUUAGGCUCCUAGUCUCCCUGGAUGUUGAUCUUAAUAAGGACUUUGAACUUGAACUGAAGGAUAUAUGGUAUUAUGUUGUUGAUAUGAGCUGAGGCGACUAUGAUUGGCUGCGGCUGUGUAGUGAGGUUGUGUAGUGAGCUGUGUUAUGUAGGGAGGCUGUGUUGUGUACUGAGGCUGUAUAUAGUAAACCGCAGGUAACAAUAUAGAACACAACAAUGUACUUUUGAAACGCUGUACCAAAUAAGACUUCUAACCAAUCACAGUGAAGCACAGACUCUGUAUACAGUUUUCUUCUCUCUGAUUGGUUGAAGACUUAUAUACAACACACCCAGAUUGUGUUGAAAACCAAUACAAUAUACAAAUAAUUAACCAGACUCUA